CAGCAGAAGAAGAGGAGGAAGGUGCACAGCACCCGUUUUCCUUCUUCCUGAGCUCCUGCCUUCCUGAUGGGGACAAGGAAUUUGACCCCCACUUUGCCAGGGAAUGCUGUGCUGCUUUCCCAACCAGGAAAGUGAAGACUGGGAGGCCCUUAAAAUAGCAGCCUAUGCGACCUCAUGUUUCGUCAGCCAAACCCAGAGAAUCUCUCACAAUGAAUGGACUGAGCGCUGCACCUCUCCUACCCCUUGGUGGAAUUCCUGGGCACAGGUGAGGAACAUCAGAGGUACGGAGCCCUCCUUAUGACCAUCAUGGAACCCACAACUCACAGCCAGCAGAAGGCAUCUACUUCUUCUAGCACGGAGACAGCAGAAGACCUCGCUGUCAAGUUAAAUGCUGCUUUGAGGGACAAUGAUAGAGAAGUUGUGCUGGAGCUGCUGGAGAAAGGGGCGGAUGUGAACUCAAAAGCAGAAAGCGGCUGGACACCACUGCAGAGCGCUGUGCAAGCUGACAACGAGGAGCUGGUCCGGCUUCUGCUGCACAAGGGUGCUUGUCCACAUGCCAGGAAGGACAACGGUGGCACUGCAUUUACUGAGGCAGCAAUAACAGGGAAUGUGAAUAUACUGGAGCUCCUCCUUGAUUAUGGGUUAAAUAUUGAUGACUACGAUGACAACGGCUUCACAGCUUUCAUGGAGGCUGCAUGGUAUGGGAAGGAGGAAGCCUUGAAAUUCCUGUAUCGCAAAGGAGCAAAUGUGAAUUUGAGGAGGGUAGUUAGUGAGGAGAAAGAAAAACUGCUUAAAGGAGGUGCAACAGCACUGAUGGAUGCUUGUAAGAAAGGUCACUUCUCGAUUGUAAAAACUCUGGUCCAAGAAAUGGGGGCUGAUGUGAACACUCGUGACAACAAAGACAGGAAUGCCUUGAUCCAUGCCCUCAAGGAUGUUUGUGGCAAGAAAACAUACAAGUCAGCAGUCUCCAUAGGCCAUUUCUUACUGGACUGCGGUGUCGAUGUGACCAGCAAAGAUGAAUGUGGGAAAACAGCCCUCAUCCUAGCUGUUGAAAUGCAGAGCCCAGAUUUGGUGAAAGCUUUAUUGGAGAAGGGAGAAAUAGAUAUUGAUGAUGCAGAUGAGGAGGGCAACACAGCACUGAUGGUGGCCGUAAAGAACGAUGAUUACGAUAUAGCAGAGUUGUUGUGUGAAAAAGGAGCAAGGACUGAUGUUGGUAACCUUAUAGCUAUUGUGAAUAGGAACCGUACUCAGAACAUGUCUUGUCUUCUUCGCCGGUAUAACACCAGAUUUGUUCCUGAAACCCUCAGUGACUGGGAGCCAAACAGCAAACGCUGGAGGGACCAGCUGAUAAAGCUGUAUAAAAUAUAUCGUCCCAUGAUUGGCAAACUGAAGACAUUUCAAUACGUCCAGCAGAGAAUUCAGAACACUUCUCAGGGUGGCAUCUACCUGGGGCUCCACGGUGGGACAGAGGUAGCAGUAAGAAUAAGCCGCAGCACAGAGGGUGAAAAAGAGCUAAGUUUCUUCAAAGAGUGUGGUAACUGUGAACAUCUACUGAAGCUCUUCCAGUCUGAGAAGGCAAAAGGCUAUAUGUACUUGUGCUUCCCCCUCUGGGAGAAAAACCUUGAAGAACACCUUCAGGAACCAGAAGACCAAAUGGAUUACAAAGAUGCUCUGAGGAUGAUCUUCCAGGCAGUGAGGGAGCUGCACUCCCUUGGAUUUGCUCACCAGGAUCUGCAGCCCAGAAACUUUCUCAUAGAUCUAGGGGGCAAAAUUUACUUGGCGGACUUUGACAAUAAAAGGAAGUUGAUUGAAGGCGAUGAAGAACUUGUAAACUCAGAUUUAGAGGCCCUUGGGAAGCUCGUGCUGUACGUUUUAACAGGGGGUAGGAAACCUCUUCAGCAGGUCAGUAUCGAGGAUUUAGAUGCUGAUUCCCCAGAUUAUGAAGAGGCUCUGGACCUUGUAAGUAGCCUGGAUUCUCAUGAUGAACGAAGCUUGGAAGGUUUGAGCAAACAUCCCUAUUUCUGGAGCAAAAAGACUAGGUUCCAGUUCCUGAAGAUUAUAUGGAAUAAAAUCAAAGAUUUCCCCAGCCCAGAAGACCGAGAUGCUGUCUUCCAAGCUCCUAAUGCUACUAAAAGUUUUCCUUACCCAUCAUGGACCGAGCAGGUUGAUAAAGCUGUUCUGAGUAUCAUGCAAAAUCCUCGGAGAGGAAAACCAUUCAAGUACAGAAAUAACGUUGCCAACCUGCUGAGGUUCAUCAGAAACAUGGAUGAACACCCAGAUGUCAGGAUCACCAACAAAAUAGGAGAUUAUGCUUUGUAUUUCUUGAAGCUUUUUCCAGCACUUACCAUUUAUGUCUAUAAUAGUUUACGCCAGAAUCCUGAAUACAGUGACUUUGCAGACUUUCAGGACCCUUCACUGUAGGAUAUCAUUGCUCAUAUCGCAUAUCUGAACCAACCAUCACUGCCUCUUUUUAUUUCCCAUUUCCUCAUCUGCCAAACAGAUGAAUAAAAGUGGAUAAGUAGAUGGAAGAGAGCAUACACGGGGACAGAGCAUGGACAACUUAUACUAAUGACAGAUGCUUCAGGAGUGUUUAGUGUAACAGCUAUGGGCUUUUACGAGGAACCAAGCUGGAUGCCAGCCCACAUGCCCCUGGACUACUUGUGUUCCUCUGGGCUUCUCUGCCUUUGUGAGGUGGAGAUCAAAGCCCUGAUCCUUAUGGAGAGCAGAGAGAUGUACGACUGCCCCCACAGACCCGAUGCAUCUGGGAGGGAGGAAAAGAGCUCGGUCAUUGCCAGAUAAUGCAAGACUCUGAUAAAGGAAAAGGAGCUUCACUCCCUGCUAGGGUCAAUAUUCCCUACAACUUGCACUAAUGAGCUGCUCAUCUACCCCUAGAAAGACAGGGAUUCUCUUUUCAGUCUUUUUGAGACAUCAGAGCGAGAAAACGAAGCACCUAGGCGAUGGUCUGGCUUCAGAGUUGCCCCAUGCCUAUUAUCUGAUCUGGUAGAGGCAUUUGCUACCUUCAGGCCUGCUGGGACCUGAAGGGCUUCUUUUGGGGGGAUACAGGAGAUGUUUCCAUGAGGAAUGCAUGUAAGGAUCACCAUCCCACAAAACUCUGCUACUGCAAGUAGCCCUGACUCAUCAGAACAAGGUCGAUGACUUCCAAGGGACUGCAGGGAUGGGUUUCUCCUGCAAAGAACAAUCUCCAUGGCAGGCUGCGACUGCAAAGCAGGGCAACGCACAAGCACUCCGUGUCUCUAAAACAGUGCUGCUGGUGGUGUGUCACUGUCCUCCAGCCAGACGCAGCUCCCUCGCAUGGAGCUGGUGCUCAUACAUCCACAUCACGCAGCCAGCUCAGAGACUUGAUAUUGGAGCCUGAGUGGCUGAAUAUCUGAAAUCCUGCAGCACGCACUGUGUGUCUGAUUGUCCAAGGGCUUGCUUGUUUCUCAGCUCAUGCUCUGAUUUGCACUAUGAUUAUACAUUGCUUAUGUAAAUAUUUUUCAGCUGUUCAAAAGAUUUUUAAUUGUUUUUCAAACUCAGGCUCUUAUUAUUUCAAUUAGCCUGUGGAGGACCAAACUUGGAAUAAACUUGA